AUGGUCGAGGGCCGCAGUGUGGCCCAGGAUUCGGGACGCAGCGGCCACUCCGGGAGCGCCUCCGAGCAGGUUACAAUCCUGCAGAGACGGCCCCGCUGGUUAGGAGAUGUCAGCCAGCCGUGCCUCUCCAAAAGGAACUCCAUGCACAAAGAUUUCCGACACAAUCUUCUAGAUGGCUCCAAAGUGGAAUCAACUGAAACUCUGAUGGAGAUGGUUAAACUCAAAGAUGAUGCUAAAAGGACAGAGCUGGUCUUCAUCACCACAAUAGGGUCUGUGCUAAUCCCGUCAUCAGAUCCAUCAAGCAUAGAUGGUCAUUCUGAAGAGCAACCGAAGGCAGCAAUCCCUAAAGCUACUACUGAAGCUGAUGCUGGAGCCAAUGCUGGAGCAGUUACGGGAGCUGAUCCUGGAGUUAAUACUGGGGCUAAUGUUGGAGUCAAUGCUGGAGCCAAUGCUGAUGCAGACCCCACAAAACCCAGUGCUAAUGCCAACACAGGUGCUGUGGAUCCUUCUAUGAGUCCUGGUGCUGAUGCCAAGCCUAGUGUCAGUGCUGAUGCAGAUGCCACAAGUGCCAGUUCAGAUACUGGGGCUGCUGCUGCUGCAGGAGCUGAUACCAGUGGGGGAACUGGUAAUGAUCCUGAUAAAGAUCCAGCCAUGGUCAAAGAGAGCUUGGUUACAGCCCCGUCCCCCAGUGAUGCAGAAAAGAGUGACAGCGUAUCUGUAACGGGACCAGCCCCCACCCAGCCCAGCUCUGCUUCAGGGCCUGAUCUCCCUAUAGAGAAAGCCACCACCACUAGCAGCUCAUCUGCAGGCCCUGCUGCUGUCCCCCAGGACCCAGAUCAGGAUGUGCAUCCGCCCACCCCAGUCUCCAAGACAGACACCACCAGCAGCCAAGGCGGAGGCCCAAGUGUAAGCACUGUCUCAGCCACCCAGGCAGGAGACCCGGCGACGACUCCCCCUUUAGGCGUGAACCACACCUCCAACACCCCUACUGCACAUCCUGCCUCCACCAGCCUGGCCUCCAAUGACACCGAGACCCCCAGCAGUGUGCCUGAGGACGGGGGCCAAAGGACUACAGCUUCCAGUGAACCCGGCCCUGUGGCAGGUCCCACCUCUGGAUCCCUUAAUGCAUCAAGUUCUUCCCCAACCCCUCCAGGUAUAGUACCAGUGGACCCCUUUCCAGGACAGGAACAGAACACCAGCCAGAAGCCCAACGACAUUGAGAACCCUACCCCCGCCAGCGGGAGCCUGUCCCCGGACAUUUUCCAGCCCACAACCUCUGCCUCCAGCCCUGAGGCCCUGCCUUCCAUUGGGGCGUCUUCAGACUCCAGCGCUCGGUUCACUUCAGCUGUCCCCCAAGACGUCCACCCCUCUCCCACCCCAACUGUGCCACAUGACAGGAUACACUGUGACCCACCUGAAAGUUUCUCAGAGAAGAUGUUGGUCCUGAACUUCACCAAAACAGGACUAUGUGACGGAAGCCCUCACGAUGAAAAGCUGAGUACAAUUCUGUGCCAAGCAGCAAAACCCACGUUCAACCCAGCUCAUGACCAGUGCCAUAUCCGGCUGGUACCCAUUCUCGAAAGACAGGCGUUGGCCAUCAAAGAGAUCACUAUAACGACAAAUCUCCUUCCUCAGGACAUGUUUCAGUUGCUGAGAGACAAGUGGGAUGCCCUGAAGGAGGCAGGUGUCAGCUACAUGGAGCUGGAGAAACAGGGCCCCCCAGAGGAAGCAGAAGACCGCUUCAGCAUGCCCCUCAUCAUCACCAUUAUUUGCAUGGCUUCCUUCCUGCUCCUCGUGGCUGCCCUCUAUGGCUGCUGCCACCAGCGCCUCUCUCAGAGGAAGGACCAGCAGCGGCUCACAGAGGAGCUACAGACUGUAGAGAAUGGUUACCAUGACAACCCCACCCUAGAGGUGAUGGAGACGUCGGCGGAGAUGGAGAAGAAGGUGGUCAGCCUUAACGGGGAGUUGGGGGACAGCUGGAUCGUCCCCCUGGACAACCUCACCAAGGAUGACCUGGAUGAGGAGGAGGACACACACCUUUAAAAAGCAUGAUGGAGCCUCGAUAGGCCAGGCCAGCGGGCUGUGGACUGAGCCACCUCAAGUGCCAUUGGACAGGGGCAGGGCAGAUGUGGGGGGUCCUGCCCCCCAAUUCCCACUCCCCGCAAGGCCUUAACUCUUCCCCUUUCAAGCUGAACAAACUACAUUCUGUCUAGAUUCCUCUUGUGAAAAGCCUGCCAGAUCCUGAGCUCAGAUGAAGUUGAGGGCUCUUGCCAGAUCUAGUCUUAUCCCUUGUUGUUCCUGAAGCUUGGGGCCCCGAGAGGUGCCACUAGGUCACACCAGAUGACAGAAUGAACUUACCAAGAUCUCUGGAUUCUGUCCUCAGCUCACUCUCACUGGGGCCAGAGUGAUGACCUGCAAGCACAGGCCUGUCAUCUGCAUUUCCUGAUCGCCUGUGCUGGCUCUGCUGUCCCUGUCCCCUUUGUCAAUCACCUGCAGUCCCAAUCUGUCCAGGAGCAUCCUCACCUUGAACCCCACAUUCCACCUGCUGGUUUCCUCAUGAUGAAUGGGGCCUGGGCUCAGGACCCACUUAUAGGUAAAGGGCAGGGAGGGGCCACCCCAGGACUAAGACUCACACUUCACUGGGUCUCUGGGAGUCUCCCAGGAUUCCAACCAGUAGCUAUCUCCGGAGGCAAAGCAUUGCUCAUUGGUAGGGUGCAGAGGCUACUUAGGGACACCCUGAACCGCAGUAUGGAAGGGUAAUUUGAGGACAGGCUUCUCUGGGUCCCUCCCAUCAGCAACAGGGUCUGGACAGACAAUCGGUGGGUCAGCAGGACAGGCCUUGCAGUCUAGUGGGGAUUACAGGGACUUGGCCGGUUGCUGAGGGUCUCCUUAAAACUUUCUGCUGCACUGGAGACAUUCGCAGCUGAUCCCAGCUCCUGAGCUGGAGGUGGCAGUGGGAGUCGGGAACCCUGCUGUCUAUCCCCCAUGGCCUGCCCUGGAGCUCGGCAGCUGCAUCCUUUCUGAGUUCCAAAUGGAGCUGCUCAGCCUUCCCAGUGGCAUCUCAGGGAAAACAAAUCUCUGG